GCGGUGUUGACUUGGCAGGGAACAAGUCCUGGAAGGAGGGAGGCUGUCUGGGAGGGGGUGGGUGACGUGCGGCAGGGUAGUAUAAAGUCCAGGGUGCUGCGCUCCAGCCUGAGGUCACUGCACUCCCCAAGAGCUUUGCCUGUCCAGGUGCUGAGUGCAGGGCAGUGGCGGAUAGAGACGAGGGCAGGCGGAGCAGAGCUCUCCUGCGGGAAUCAUGAGACCUUAGAGGGGCCAUUGGGGGCAGCUCGCAAGGACCCUUCCUCACCGGCAGACGUGAGGAACGAUGAACUGGGCUGGCCUCUACACGGUGCUGAGCGGGGUGAACCGCCACUCCACUGCCAUUGGGCGCAUCUGGCUCUCCGUCAUCUUCAUCUUCCGCAUAAUGGUGCUGGUGGUGGCAGCUGAGAGCGUCUGGGGGGACGAGAAAUCUGCCUUCACCUGCAACACCCAGCAGCCCGGCUGCAACAGCGUCUGCUACGACCACUUUUUCCCCAUCUCCCACAUCCGCUUGUGGGCCCUGCAGCUCAUCCUCGUCACCACCCCGGCCCUCCUUGUGGCCAUGCACGUGGCCUACCAGCAGCACCAGGAGAAGAAGCUGCUGGUGCUGACAGGGCAUGCAGACCCCAAGCACAUGGAGGAGGUGAAGAAGCACAAGAUGCGCAUAUCAGGUUCGCUGUGGUGGACGUACGUCUGCAGCGUGGUCUUCAGGCUGCUCUUCGAGGCCGUGUUCAUGUACAUCUUCUACAUGCUCUACCCGGGCUACCAGAUGGUGCGGCUGGUCAAGUGUGAGGCUUAUCCCUGCCCCAACACCGUCGACUGCUUCAUCUCCCGACCCACCGAGAAGACCAUCUUCACUGUCUUCAUGCUGGUCACCUCCAGCAUUUGCAUUGUCCUCAACAUGGCGGAGCUGGUCUACCUGGUGGUGCGGGCCUGUGUCCGCCGAGGCCAGCACAACUCCAACCCCUCAUCGGGGAAGGGCUCCUUCUACGGGCACAAGCUCUCUGAGUACAAGCAGAAUGAGAUCAACCAGCUACUGACGGAGCAGGACGGCUCCCUCAAGGACAUGUUGCGCCGCAACCCUGGGCUGCAGGAGAAGGGUGACCGCUGCUCCGCCUGCUAGGGCCAGCGCCAUGGGGGCCCCAGCCCUUGCCCCCGCCCCAUGGCCCUGUGCUGUCCCUGUCCCAUGGAUAGCAUCCCCCGGGCGCCGGUCUGGCCCUCCCAGGCGGCCAGGAGGGCAUCUCGGGCCAUUAAAUCUCCAUUCUCA